AUGGCGCCCCACGAUCUCUCUCAGGGGCAGCAGCGCCUGCAGGGCCCCUUCCAGGGACAACAGCACUCUCAGAAACCUUGCAGAGACAACAGAACUCUCAGGGGCCUUCCCAGUGACGGCAGCGCCCAGGGCUCUCCCAGAGACAGGAACCCCAGGGGCCUUCCGGACAGAGGCGCCGUCAAGGGCCGUUUCAGUGGCGGUGGUGACCCUAGGGCCUCACAUGGGCUGUGGCGCCCCCAGGGACCAUACCAGGAGCCUAGACGCUAUACCACUGGCGCCUCCCCCAUCCCGGUGCCCUGCCAGUGGUGCAUCCAGGCUGCUAGGUCGCGAGCGCCCCCAGGGGCUCUCAGGGACAUCGACACCCCAGGGGCUCUCCCCAUGUACAGCGAUGCUACAAGGGGCCCUCCCAGGAUAGGCGCGGCGCCCACAGGGUCUGCCACCCCCAGGGGCUCUGCCAGGGACAGUGACGUUCCCAGGGGCUCUCACAGGGACAGAAGCGCGCCCAAGGGCUCUCCCAUGGACAGCGAUGCUCCUAAGGGUCCUCCCAGGGCUCUCCCAGGAACUGUGGCGCACCCAGGUGCCCUGCUAGGGACAGCAGCAGUCCCAAGGCCUCCCACUGAUGGUGGUGCACCCCAGGGCUAUACUUGGGAUGCUGUCCCUGGCAGGGCCAAUUGGACGUUGCCGCUCCUUGGAGGUCCUUCGCGGGCGCCGCCACGCCUGGGAGGGCUUCAAGAAUCGCAGCCGCUAUUCGAGAGCCCCUGGUAUCAUCUCAUCCUCAAUAAGGAGAUUAAAUAUCCAACAGGAUGA